AUGUUGAGCACCGUAAGGGCCAGAGGCUACGACCUCUACAAGGCAAUCGUCACCUCUAAUCUUCAAAUGGACUUUCUCUCUCACCAGAACGACAACAACACCACCUCGCGCGCCUUCACCUUCUUCGCUCCCACAGGCGCAUCCCUCUUUGCCCUCAACAUGACUCAGAUCGCCUCCACUUACACCGACACGCUCCGUUUCCACGUCGUCCCUCGCCGCCUCUCUCUCGCCUACCUCCGCCUCCUCCCCGACGGUUACACGCUUCCCACGCUCCUCCCUCAAUGCCUUCUCCAACUUACGCGCCGCAAUACCUUUGCCAUCGCCGUCAGCGGUGUCGACGUUGCUUUCCCCGACCUCUAUUACGACCACUACUUCUCCGUUCACGGCCUCGCCGGAAUUCUAAUUGGCUCCUCCGAUUCGUUAAGAAGUUGUCCUAACUCGUCGUCGAACCAACCAGUUAUUGCUCCAGUUCUGAAAUUCGCUUCCUUACGCGUUCCCCCGGUUGAGGCUCCAACAUCGGCCACUUCGCUGAUUGGUUCUUCAGAAGAGGAAUCUGAGUGA